AUGGAACCUGUGAUCCCGGCGGGCGCGGGCACAAGGAUGUACCCCAGAAUCUCCGCGUGCCUGCGCACACGUGGCGCGCUCCUGCUGGUCGCGGGCACGUUAGUUUCAAUGGUCACCUCGAGCGCACCUGUUGCAGGUGUGCUGGACUUCAACAGGACAGCACAGCCUCCAUCACAUCGUGCAUCCUCUUCUUCACCACCCUCAUCAUCGUCGCCGUCAUCCUCCCCAGACAGACCCCCGGUUGCCAGCCCACUCAAAGACAAUGGUUACCAGGGUAAGAACGGUGCAGGUGCAGGCUCGGCUGAGGACUCGGACUCGGGUGCUCAGGGCAUCCAUCUCCUGCUGAGGCCCCCAGACCUGCUGUCUCCCAGCCAACCCCCUCCCCUGCCCCCCCACAGCCAGCCCACCCUUACUCCCCCGCCACCAUGGGAACAUGGCCCCUCCCUGGAGGAGUCUUGGGGCUCCGGAGACUACCUGGAGACUCUGAGCUUCAUGGUGCCGGACGGAGAGGAGCUGGCUUUGGCUACACCGCUGCCCAGCCACCCCUACGAUGACACCGGCGAAUGGGUCUCCUAUGACACCUCCUUCCCAUCCCGCCCCACCCUUCCCCUUUCCUCCCGCCUCCUCCUCUCACCCUCCUCCUCCACCCCAACCAUUCCUUUCAGGGUGGGCAUGCACACCCACCCUGCCCAGCCAGAUGUGUUCCCCAGCUGGGACGAGGAGGAUUACGACCUGGAGGACAUGCUGCCUCUGGAGCCUACUGAGCUGCUGCUGCCGGACAUGAACAGCCUGGAGUACUACACCAACCUGCUGGCCCGGGAACGAGAGAGAGAGAGGGCUCAGGUCAUCCACCAGGACAGGAGCCAAAGCGACCCUCCGUUGGGCCCACUCCUCCUCUUGCCCUGUCACCCACUCUCAUGGGUGGAGACGGGGUGCCCACUCCCUCCAUCAGACCUACUUUCAAGGCACCCUUCGUUCCUCCCGCUGCCCGGCCCAAAGACUACCCACCCACGCCGGGCAGACACCCUCCACGUCCCCCUUCAAACACCACCAGCCGAGCCCCUCCUCCUCCUCCACCCGGACCGCCUGCUCGCCCUGAAAGACCUGACCGGCCCCCCCAGUCGAGACUCGGCGGAACAAGGCAUCAUCACAGUUAAAACACCACCGGUAACGAGGGUCCCCAUCACCAGGCCCACAACCAUCACUACCAAGGCAACCACCACAACCACGGCUGUCACCACGACAACCCAGAUCACGGUCAUCAGCCUGACCAGAGUGCCCCCAGUCACCACGCCCAGGGUGGCCCAGACCCCACCCUCCAGACAGUACCUGUGCAAUAUUACCAAGCCGGAGAUGUACCUGGUCAGAGUGGUCAGUUCCAAAGGCUCCUCUGCUGGCUUCAGUCAGGUCAGAGACAUUUUGAAGAGAGAGUUCAACCGCUCAGUUGAACUUCAGUUCCUGAGAACUCCGUCUAGUUUUGCCUUCCGUGUCGUGUCGGGACCGUCGAUUUUCACCGCCAUGUCUGUCAUCAACGCCCUGCGCCAGCCAGUACGAGGCUCCAGCCCCAUUCCCUCCAUCUCCCCUCUGUACAUCAUCCCCGACCUCAAGUAUCAGAUCCACUCCGUCCUUCAGUUUGUGCCCAACCACGUGGACGUGCGAGUGUGUAACUUCAGCGAGAGAGUGGAAAGAGGGCUGCUGAUGGCCUACAUGGAGACACGCAGACGCUUCCAAGAACCAGGCAACGUCACUGUGCAGUUACUCAACAUCACCAUGGGUGUGGCCAGGCCAGUGGGGGAGCAGAAGGUUCCGGUAGACAUCACCUUUGCGGUGCGUGACGGGCGGGGCUACCUGCCGGGGUCUGAGGUCAGCGAACACCUGAGGAAGCUCAGCAUGGUCGAGUUCAGCUUCUACGUGGGCUUUCCCACCUUGCAAAUCGCCGAGCCUUUCCAUUAUCCAGAGCUGAAUACCUCUCACCAUCUACGUUCCACAUGGGUUCGCACAGUUCUGCUGGGUGUUCAGGAGCAGCUGGUGACAGAACGGAGCUUCAAAGCUCGUUUGGAGAGACGUCUGGCUCUCCUGCUGGAGGAGGGACUGGGAGAAAGCAGCAAGCGGCGCUGGAAGAGGGCGACUGCUGUGGGCAACAACAGUUUACAGGUGGUGCGAGUUGCCAGGCUGUCGGGUGUGGAGCGCCCCCUGGAGGUGUUGUAUUUUGUGGAGGGUCCUGGCGGAGAGCGUAUCCCUGCAGAAGCGACCGCUGCCACCCUCAACCGCCUGGACCUGCAGAGAGCCGCCAUCGUCCUGGGCCACCGGGUGCAGAGGCCACUAGCCCAGCCUGUGGAAACGCUGUCGGUGCCGCCAUCUGAGACCCAGAGCAGCAGCAUCUGGCUGAUCGUGGGGGUGGUGGUGCCCGUCCUGCUGGCCGUCUUCAUCAUCAUCAUCCUCUACUGGAAGCUGUGUGGCUCCGAGAAGCUGGAGUUCCAACCGGAUGCCAUCAACACCAUUCAGCAGAGACAGAAGCUGCAGGCCCCCAGUGUAAAAGGCUUUGACUUUGCUAAGCUUCAUCUGGGUCAGCACAGUAAAGAUGACAUCAUGGUGAUCCAGGAGCCCGGCCCCCUCCCUCCACCGGUCAAAGAAGCCACGCCCUCCGAUGGUGGAGACCUGAACACCCCCAAGUCCAAGGGCUCCUCGACCAAGGUGGCCCGGUCCAGCCGCCGCAGGGGCAGGCUCAGCCCAUCAGAUGGGGACUCGUUAGGCAGCGACCAAUCCAGCGGCAGAGAGUCGGCAGAAGAAAGCACCAGACCCGUGGCCACGCCCAGCGAGGGGAAGCAGCAUCGGAAGACACCCAAAAAUGGCAAGAGACACCUCGCUCCGUCUGGCAGCGGCCCGGAUGAGCUGCUUUCCUCGUCCUCCAUCUUUGACCACGUCGACCGUCUGUCCCGAGGCUCGUCUGACGGCACGCGCCGGCAGGCCAACAAGGUGCAGCUCAUCGCCAUGCAGCCGCGGCCCAGCCCACCACCGCACACACAGUCCCAGCCCAGCCCCACACUCACCGAGAGAGUCAACACAGAGGUGGCCCUGAGGCACAAGUCAGAGAUCGAGCAUCACAGGAACAAGCUGCGGCAGCGGGCCAAGAGGCGGGGGCAGUGUGAGUUCCCCUCCAUGGACGACAUCCUGGAUGCAUUCGGGGACGGGCCGGUGCAGAGCAGUGCAGCACAGCGGCUCUACAGCUCCGCCCACGACCACAUGGACUGCAUCCUGCAGGCCGACGCCCCGUCGCCCCCGACCCCCACCGACUCCAGGAAGAGAGGGAGGCGCUCUCCUCGGGGACGGCGAGGUCAACCAGGACCUGGAAGCCUGCCUGACACAGACAGGCUGACGGACAGAGACCGGCUGCUCACCGAUCAGAAUGCCACAUACAGGAAAUACCCAGGGCUCAACAAUGUGGCAUAUAUGUCGGACCCUGACCUGCCUCCAGACCACGGCAGCCCCUCACCUAACGACGAGGUGUUUGACUCCGCCCCGGCCCCGCCCCCUUACAUGCCCCCCCAGCCCUCUAUUGAGGAGGCGCGGCAGCAGAUGCACUCUCUACUGGACGAUGCCUUCGCCCUGGUGUCUCCGUCCUCCCAGGGCAGUGCUGGGCUAACAGGGGUGAGCCCCGCCCUGCCCAGCCCCUCUCCUCAGGCUCGGCCCCCGGGGAGGCAGUGGGGCUCCUACCCAGCAGCCCCUUCUCACAGCCCCUUCUCUGCAAGGUAUGCAGAGUUAGGAAUGUCUCCCACAUCAGUCCAAGGCCUGUUGCAGAGGCAAGGUCUGGUCUCAGGAGGGUACGUUUCCACUAGUGAACAGCUGCAGGAGCCUGUGUAUUCCAACAGGGGGCAGUAUGAGGACCCUCCAUCCUCCUCCAGACCACGCCCUGUAGGGGGCAGCACAGGUGCCCAGCUCCAUCACCUGACCCAGGUGGGUUUGUCCAGUCAGAUCAGUGCGUACCCUGGAGUGGGUCGCAGUGUGUCAGGACCCACCGGCUCAAGCUGGAACCAGCAGCACUCAGACCAGGACCUGUCCAGACCAGGAGCCAGCAGAGAGAGCGUGCUGUCCUUCCCUGAGUUCUCCUCUUCCUCUGUUUUCCAGAUGCCCAGCUCUUCAUUGCGGGACCCCUCAGCCCCGCCUCUGCUCCUCACCUCCCCGACUCCCGAAUACCCUCCAGAGGAUGCCUCGCCCUCCGCCCACAGCUCAGCCUCUCUUAUUAAGGCGAUCAGGGAGGAGCUGCGGCGUCUGGCUCAGAAACAGGCGGCUGUGGCCAGCUACCCCUAGACUGCUCGGGACCUCUUUGAAUCAGGACUGUUCAGCAGGAACAAAUUGGUUUCAACCAUAAUCCUUUCAACAACUCUGAACCUGGCAGAACGGAUUGAAACCAUGAAACUGAACAGGUAAACCGAUCCAAACUACACCGGACGAUUGUUUGUAUAUCGGCUGCUCCGUUACACCCGAAAUAUUCUGGAACACUUCCCCAAGUCUGAUUAAAAAAACAAAAAAAAGACAGCACUUCCCAACUUAAAGACCUCCCGGUACUUUACAGGGUCUCCUCUGUCUCUCUCUGUUCUGCUCAUUCUACAACUCAAUGUCUCACUGGAUUGGAGUUUGUUUCUCUUCACAUUUCCAUUGAAGUGCUUCCUGGAGUGGAUCCACGUGCCCUCCUGACCUUCUGUGGUGCUAACUGUCAGCCUCAUACAGUAUCCUCUCAUUGACCACGCAUUGCCUUCCGCACACAUUCAUCAGCCAUGGUGAUGAGGUCUCCAUUCAUCAACCAUAUUGGUGAGGUCUUGCACUGUAGACAGCUGGAGGUGGCGUAUAGUUCCUAGGGCAUGGGGGCUUGAAUACAGGAAAAAAAAUAUAUAAAUAGCUAU